CUACGUAUCCGGCAUAUAUAUCCGCGAAACAACAGGACACCAUAACAUACCACAUACCAGUCAUCGGGCACACUAUGGCCGCACCGAUGGCACCGCCUGCCGUCGCCGACGACGAGAUCGUCUACGAGUCCAUGCCCCGCCUCCGCGUCUACAGGAAUCGAGUGGAGCGCUAUCCUGGCGCCGAUGACUUCGUAGCCGCUUCCGCCGACGUCAACGUCGCCGUCGCGUCCCGCGACACCACCAUCUCCGCCCGCGUCUCCGUGCGUGUCUACCUCCCACGGGCCCGGCUGGACGCGACCAAGAUCCCCGUGCUCGUGUACUACCAUGGCGGGGGGUUCUGCCUCUGCUCCGCCUUCGACUCCACCUACCACGCCUACCUCCGCAGGUUUGCCGCGCUCGCCGACGUCCUCGUCGUCUCCGUCGAGUACCGCCUCGCCCCCGAGCACCCCGUCCCCUCCGCGUACGCAGACUCGUGGGAGGCGCUGGCGUGGGUCGUCUCCCACCGUGCCGGCGGCGACGAGGACGAGCCAUGGCUGGCCGACCACGCCGACUUCUCCCGCCUCUACCUCGGCGGCGACAGCGCCGGCGCCAACAUCGCGCACCACAUGGCCAUGCGGGCGGGCGUGGAAAAAGGGCUCGCCCUCCGCGGCCUCGUCUUGAUCCACCCAUACUUCCUGGGGAGCGACGGGGUGGCCUCAGACGGCCUGGACCGGGCGGCGCGGGAGAGGCUAGGGUGGCUGUGGCGCGUCGCGUGCCCGGACACCAAGGGGGAGGACGACCCGCUGAUAAACCCGCUCGCCGACGGCGCGCCGGGGAUCCAGGCCCUGGCCUGCGGGCGCGUGCUCGUUUGCGUCGCCGAGGACGACGUGCUCCGCGACCGUGGCAAAGCCUACUACGACCGGCUGCUCGGGACGGGCGGGUGGCGCGGCGAGGCGGAGAUAUCGCAGGCGAGGGGCAAGGGGCACAGGUUCCACCUGUUCGACCCGUGCUGCAGCGAGGCCAUCGCGCAGGACAAGGCCAUCGGCGCCUUCCUCAACCCUGAAGGGCGGAGCCAAGUGUAGUUAUUUUUUGUUGACUAAAAAAAUAAGAUAUAUAUAUAUAUGUAUCUUAUUUUUUGUUGGCUAAAUUUGUAGUUAAUCUUCUUUUUGAAAUGUGUAAUUGUCCUAUAAACCGUAUGGAGGGAGUAGUAUUUCUUGUCUAUUUUGUUUGAAUGGUUGAGCCAUAGGUUCUACCACCAUCUGCGGGCCACCUAGCCUUGCCAGAAUUGAGAUCCUGGUGUGGUAUAUGGUAUACCUAGUUAGCAUGUCCCCAACAGUAG